AUGGAUUCUUCGUCAAGUUCAAGUGAUGAUGAAACUAUAAUCGCAUUUGUGAAUAGACUUGGUCAGCCAAGAAAACAACGCGUUUUUCGAAACCGAACCGAUAAUUUUCUCGAGUGGGACGAAAACGAAUUUUUUAAUCGAUUUCGUUUAACUAAACGAUGUGUGAAUAUUGUAUUGGACCUAAUCACAUUCAAAAUUCAAUCGUCUACUGACCGGAAUCAUGCAGUUACACCGGCACAAAUGAUUUUAAUUACAAUACGUUUCCUUGCAUCUAGUGGUAUGUUAAUUACAGUAGGAGAUUUUGCAGGAAUACACAAAACAACUGCUGGAAAAUAUAUAUGGAAGGUUUUACAAGCUAUAGCCGAAUUAAAAUCUACAUUUUUAACAUUUCCAAAUGAUCCAGUUAUUAUUCAAAAUAUUAAAAAAGAUUUUUAUAAUAUUGCAAAAUUUCCUAAAGUUGUUGGUGCAUUGGAUUGUACGCAUGUAAAAAUACAGUCACCUGGUGGAUUAAAUGCAGAAAUAUACAGAAAUAGGAAGCAGUUUUUUUCAAUCAAUGUUCAGGCAAUUUGUGAUUCAAAUCUAAAAUUUCUUGAUGUAGUUUCACGGUGGCAGGGAUCAGCUCAUGAUUCGCGAAUUUUUCAACAUUCCAAAAUAUACUCACGUUUUCAAAACAGGGAAUUCGGUGACAGCAUUCUCUUAGGAGAUGGUGGAUAUCCUCUGAAAAUCUUUUGUAUUACUCCACUUCAAAAUGUAAAUACUCCAGCAGAGAACAUAUUUAAUGAGGCACAAAUCAGAACUAGAAAUCCUAUAGAAAGAGCAUUUGGUGUCUGGAAACGACGAUUCCCUAUUUUAUCUACUGGGAUCAGGUUAAACAAAUUGAAGAAGCCAUUAACUUUGUAA